AUGGAGGUUACUGACAUCGUUGCCGUGGUGUUUUGCAACAGGGUUGCCUUGCAGUAUGCCUUCUGGGCGGCCAUCCUGUUCGCCCCGCUCUAUGCAUUUGCGCUGAAGCCUCUCGUCCGAUGUUGCCGACAGUGUGCAGCGAUGAAGCCUGCGACACGUGCUGCGGAGAGAACUGCUUCACCACCACCACCAGCUAGCAAGCUUCAUGACACUUCUGUGCGGCUCUCCGCGGCCGGAUCGAAAGGAUUCCUCUCGCCCGCGUCGGUUGGUGCCACACAGGCAUCUUUCAUCCCCAUCUUCGCCACCACCGCGACAGUGACGUCGUCUUCUCCGGCGCGCAGUCGCAGCAGCAUCGGUGCGCAGCUCACUCCUCUCCAGCCACAUGACUCGACGCCAAACGGGCAUGGUUCAGCGUGCUCGCUAGAAGUCACGGGAACAGCGCUGCCGCGGGAGGAGGUGGGGUGUCGCUCGGUGACACAGCGCUUCGUGUCGGCGCUGCGCCGGCACGUGCGGCAACGUGGCUCAGCCCUCUUCAAGAGUCACGACAGCAGCUUGCGCGCAGCCCUGCAGUCGGGCAAGGUGUACCUCCACCACCACCCCUCGGUGCAUCUGCCAAGCCAAAACUACUUUUCUCACAGCCUGCAGGAGAAGUAUGACAAGCUCAACACCACUGACGCCUCCUUGGAGGCACUCUACGUUCGGCCUGCGUUCCAGGAGUGGUACGCGGCGAAUCGUGAGCAGCUCCUGCGCGACAUGCGACUUCGCGAAGCAUUCGCCAAAUGGCGCAACGUCGCGACAGCCUUUGUGCUCAUUGUGGCCUUGCUACUGCUUCCAGCUUACAGCUUCAGCAUGCAAACCAACGCCAUGCAGUGGGUGUCGCCCUUGGCAUCCGUUGACGACAAGGCCGCUGUCGCUGCCGCCCCUCUGGCGCAGCUUUUGACCACACGUCUGCACUACAUCCAGUCCCGGGGAUCGACACCUCAGGUCGCCACCAGUGCGAUGCUGUCCUCUCGCCGUCGCGCAGACGCCAGUGUGAUGGCUACUAACGCGGUAAAGGCCGCGGAGUACAUGACCGUCGUGGCGGCCGCGUGCGCACUCGUGACGAGUUGCUUUAUGCCGCGCGAGAGCUGUGCCACCGCGUCUGUCGCGCUCGUGUCGUUUCUCCUCCUCGUGAUGGAGUCAGCGCUGGUGCCGGAGGCGACGGUGAAGCUGGGGCUGGGGUUUCUCGUCGUACUCACGAUCGUCGCGAUGAGCGUUUGUCGCGCCACUGUGUAG